AGAUCCGUCGAAGAUCUAUCCGAUCAGUUCGCCACGAGACGCGAACGACGACGGAUUAGUAGAGAAAAUAUUGAUACAAAUUUAUUGACACCAUUUGAUAAAGGAUAACUACAAGCGAGGAGUACUGAACUGAGAGAGAAUGCGAUUACUUCUACUGGUGGGACUUGUGUCCUGUUGGGGUCACAGUUCUCUUGCCUCGGAUUAUUUUUCUUCCAUUACGGGUCUGGAGGAACUUUUAAAAACAGAGGAACAUCUCAUGCUACAGCUGAGAUCUAAGGUUAAUGGAAUAAAGACAUCUCUGCAGCAAUUGGAACGAGAAUUGUCCUCCAUCGAACAGGAGCAUGUAUCGGCGUCCAAGGACACGGAAAAUUACCUGACCAAUCCCGUGAAUGUUUAUCGGCUGAUGAAGCGCCUCAACACGGACUGGUCAUUAAUGGAAGGACGCCUUCAGCAGAUUUCAGAGGAUAUGAACUUCAAUGUAACACGUGGUAGCUACGGACUGAGUUUCCCCAGCCAAGAAGAUGUGGAGGGUGCUGCCUUGGCUUUGGUGCGCCUGCAGAGCACCUAUAAAUUGGAUGUGGCCCAGGUCGCCGCAGGCAUCCUGAAUGGCGUCAAAUACGGCAGCGACAUGAGUUGGCAGGAUUGCUUCCAGCUCGGCCAACAACUCUUUGAAAUGGAGGACUACAACAACACCAAGGUAUGGAUAAGGGAGUCAAUGGAGCGUUUGCGGCGGCACAGCAGCCCCGCCCACUCACCGCCAACCAACGGACCCGACUACGAUACCCUCAACAAAAUGGAAACGGUGGCCAAGGGUUUGUUCCAACUGGGCGACUUCGACACGGCCUACGAGCUCAGCCAGCGGGUUCUCCAGUUCGAUCCGAAACGCAUCCGGAAUUGGCACUUGGGCGACAAAGGUGUGGCACUUCCGGAGGAGUCCGAUGAACCAUUAUUGCCCAGGCACUCCGAUUCUUACAGUUUAACUCACGAAUUCGCUCAAUACGAGAAGGUGUGCCGCGGCGAGGUGAACCCUACACCGAGGCAGGAGCGGAAUUUGAGGUGUCGCCUGAGUCAAGGAAAUCAUCCAUUUCGCCUGCUGGCACCUCUAAAGUUGGAAGAACACAACCUGGACCCCUAUGUGGUCACAUACCACGACAUGCUCAGUGCUCAGAAGAUCAGAGACCUCCGUCAAAUGGCUGUUCCCCGGAUGAGAAGGUCCACCGUGAAUCCCCUACCCGGAGGACAAAAUAAAAAGUCUGCCUUCCGCGUGAGCAAGAACGCCUGGCUGGCCUACGAAUCCCACCCCACCAUGGAAGGAAUGCUCAGGGAUCUUAAAGAUGCCACCGGACUGGACACCACUUACUGCGAGCAGCUCCAGGUGGCCAAUUACGGAGUGGGCGGUCACUACGAGCCGCACUGGGACUUUUUCAGGGAUCCCAAUCAUUAUCCUGCGGAGGAGGGCAAUCGCAUCGCCACUGCCAUUUUCUACCUUUCAGAUGUGGAGCAAGGAGGGGCAACAGCAUUUCCCUUCCUGGACUUUGCUGUCAAGCCCCAGCUGGGAAAUGUGCUCUUUUGGUACAACUUGCACAGGUCCUUGGACAUGGAUUACAGAACCAAGCAUGCCGGCUGCCCUGUACUGAAGGGCAGUAAGUGGAUUGGCAACGUUUGGAUACACGACAUGACGCAGACCUUUGCUCGGCCCUGCGAUGUUUUCCGGGAUCAUGAGGUUUCUUUGGAGUACGAGAUAAUAAAAUAAACAUUGUGAUAUUUCCUAGUCAG